UUGAAUUCGUAUUGUUAUAGAAUAAAUAGUGCUAGAGUAAAAAAUAUUUAAAUUAUGUCCUCUACUUGUUUUGAUAUUGAAAAGGUUGCCGAAUUAUUUGGAAGCAGCUUACUGGAGGAGGAUGAUGUACUUAUGGAUAAUUACCUUGAAGCCUACGAAGAGAUUAUGAAAUUCUUCCAAUUGAUGGGAAGCGUUUUCAGCUUUGUUAGCAGCGAUGUGCGCUCCAAACUCGAUAUUCUUUACCAGUUUCGCAACGAAGAGACGCAAAACUAUGAGAAUUUUUUCUCAAUAAAAACAAUGAUUGAAUAUGAAAAGACGGCGAACCUUUUUGAUGAUAAAAGUUACGUGUCUGCUAGUCGAACUUUGCUGCGAUUGCAUCGCGGGUUGGACUUUGUGUAUGAGUUUCUAACACGUCUACAAGAUCUUGAAGAUAAUGACAAAGCGUACGAGUGCUGUAAGUCGGCUUACAACGAUACACUGGCCAAACACCACUCCUUCCUCAUACGCAAGGGCGCCGGAGUGGCCAUGUAUGCGAUGCCAACGAAGGCAGAAUUGCUCAAACGGGUCUGUCAGGAUGUGCCUAGCGCCAUUGAGAAACUUCCGGAUAUGUUGAGACACACACGGGUCGUUUACGACCGAACGGAUCAGCUGUACACGUUACACGAUCUGCAUAGCCUGCCUUAAUACUAAGCAAAAUGUCGUGUUUCUUUGUGUAUUUAGUUUUGUUUAUUUUAUUGUUGCAUUCCAACUUGGAAAAUAGGAAUAUUUACAUGUAUGCAUUCACUUGCCUUGGCCUCAGCGGAUGUGCAAUCUCUUGCUUGUAUCGCUCAAAUCUAACAAUGUAUUAAAUUCAACUAAGCGAAAUGUA